CGAUAUUAGGAUCAAGCAUCUGGUUAUUAGGGUAGGCACUUCUGAGUCUGGCGAUAUUUCCGCUCAGCAUUUGUUUGUUGCACCCUUAACAGACAACGUAUCGUAACAAGCAUUUUCACAAUUUGAGACUAGUUGCCUGACUUUCCACUAUUUCCUUGACGGCGUAUCCUGCGAUCGCUUGGCGCGCAAACUGUUUAACGCCAUGCCGCCGCCAAGUGGCACGCAUAGGCGGGAAAUCAGCAUUGAUGGAAUAGCACAACGAGUUAGAUGGCUGCCUGGCACGCCGCCGGGACCAGCCGACCUCGAUGGUCGUCUUACCCACCAUGCCAUGGUCGUAUGGGGCCAACAAGAUGCCCAAGAGGACAACUUCCUUGUGGUUCACGACCUGGUUGUCACCUCCCGCGGCAGUGCGGUGGUGCGGGUGGAGGACGAGGUGGUCACCGCGUUCGCACACCGGGGCAAGAUGACGGACCUGCAUGUAUGCGACUCCGGCCCCGGCGGCGGUCCGGUCACCGUGCUGUUCGGCACCACGGAGGG